UCGACGAUGCGUGUUUCUAGUCCGGACGCAUUUACCGUGGCAUUACUAUGGCCGUGCGUGGUCAUAGCGUUCUGCGGAGUUGAUAUCCACGGGUUCAUUUUCCCCGGAAACGUUACCCUGCCCCUGCACGGUCAGCGUUGGUGGCUGCGAGAUCGGAGAAAUGGAAUGGGCAAACCAUCGCUUGGCGAUGGUGGAUUUUCGCGUGGCUUUCAACCCAAUUUCUUCAACUCCCAACCCGGAGUAUUGAACAGGUUUUCCGGAGCCGGUGCAUCUUCGAAUGCGCUGAGCCAAAACUUUGGGGGAGCCGGUUUUUCUAGUUCGAACGCAAAUGCUGACGCCUUCAGCCAAUCAUUUGGACUCGGCCAAGGAGCUGGAGCUUCGGCCGCGAAUGCUCAGGCACAAUCGUUCCAGGCCGGUGGUCCAUUCGGAUCGUUCGGGGCGUCCGCAGCGAAUGCGGCCAGCCAAGGAUUCAGUGCCGGACCGGAUGGGUUGAGCGGAUCGGCGUCUUUCGCCGGUAGCCAAACGUACAAUUUUCCCGGUGACCACAAGAUUUCACUCGCCUAUUCGAACGGAUUUUCGCUCGCCAACGGACAACCGUCGGGGUCGAAUGGGUUCAGCAUUUCCGAAAGUAAAUGAUCUCACCGAGCUUCCCGCUAGACUGAUGGGGGCUGCAUAGCGUAUUAUUUAUGUAAAUAUCAUCUCAAGGAUCAAUAAA